UGCCCCGCCACUUCUUCUUCUGCCUGCCACCCCGAGGGACCAUGGCGAGGUUCAGCUGGGGAUACGGCGAGCACAAUGGUCCUAUUCAUUGGAAUGAAUUUUUCCCUAUUGCUGAUGGAGAUCAACAAUCUCCAAUUGAGAUUAAAACCAAAGAAGUGAAAUAUGAUUCUUCCCUCCGACCUCUUAGUAUCAAGUACGACACAAGCUCAGCUAAAAUCAUCAGUAACAGUGGCCAUUCCUUCAAUGUUGACUUUGAUGACACAGAGGACAAAUCAGUUCUGCGUGGGGGUCCUCUCACUGGAAGCUACAGGUUACGACAGUUUCACCUUCACUGGGGGUCCACUGAUGAUCACGGCUCUGAACACGUGGUGGACGGCAUGAGAUAUGCCGCAGAGCUCCACGUUGUUCACUGGAAUUCAGACAAAUACCCCAGCUUUGUUGAGGCAGCUCAUGAGCCAGAUGGACUAGCUGUCUUGGGCGUAUUUCUACAGAUUGGUGAGCAUAAUCCCCAACUUCAAAAGAUUACCAAUAUUUUGGAUUCCAUUAAAGAAAAGGGUAAACAAACUCGAUUCACAAAUUUUGACCCAUUAUCUCUGCUUCCUCCACGCUGGGAUUAUUGGACAUAUCCUGGUUCGCUUACAGUCCCACCUCUUCUAGAGAGCGUCACAUGGAUCAUUUUAAAACAACCUAUAAACAUCAGCUCUCAACAGCUGGCCACAUUCCGCACCCUCUUGUGUACAGGGGAGGGCAAAGCAGCGGCUUUUUUGUUGAGCAAUCACCGUCCACCACAGCCUCUGAAGGGCCGAAAAGUGAGAGCCUCUUUCCAUUAAAAGUUGUCACCAACAGACCACCCCAAACGUGUCUGUGGAGAGAAAACAAAACAAAACAAACACAAAAACCCCUACUAACAGUUCUUUCCUAGAAUUCUAAUUUAUGGGGUGCCAUUUUGCUGUCAGUUUCAGCACAAAGAAAAUCAGAUCUUUUUAAUCAAACUAACUUAAGUCAUCUGUCUCAGAUUUGCAGUUUAUAAGCAGUAUAUACUUGGGUAUAUAAGCAGUAAACACUGGUGUGUUUUAAAACACACGGAAUACAUCUACUUCAACCUGCGUGACAACGUGGUGGGCGUUGCAAACCUCAGAAUGUAUUAAAAAUCUUCCCUUGCCGUAAAGGCUGAUCAGUCACAUCUCUCAGUGAUGUUUGGUGAAAAACUUAAAUGCAUUCCCAGAAUGAUAGGAUUGUGGUACCUUUUCCUAAACAAGGGAUUCCGCUUAAUAUCUUGUUAUCAUUCCAAUUCAUAAAAGUAGAUACUAUUUCCUUUUAAAGUGAAUUUUCAUUUGGAUCGUGUUGCUGAUUCUCACUGCAGGAUACCUCUAAUAAAAUGAUCAAGAGGAGAGUUAUCGGGGUGGGGGUGGGAUAUAGCGAAUUAAAGCAUCUAUUCCACAGCUCAAAAAGAGUCAAUACAAUUUUGGUGAGGACUUCCCCAGGAUAUAAAUGGCUAUUUAAACUUUAAUGACUUAUGCCAUACAUCUCAUUCACUUGGUGGUGUUAAUGAUAAACUGGCUAAUAACUGAUCAGACAAAGUGGCUGUCAAUUUAUAGCAUUAGCAUGGUUUGAAACAGAUUACAAGGUACCAGUGCAGGCAGAGCUGCCCGUGGGCAUGGGGCACAGGUUGGCUAAUUUUGUCCCGUGUUUUGGCAACAGAGCAGGGAGCAGUCCUGUGAAGGUCAUUGUUUUGUCAAUUGAUGGGGAAACAUUACUUUUCAUAGAUAUAAUCAGUCACAAACCCUUCAACCCAUUUCCAUGGCAACACCCCUCUCCCCUUACACACAUGUCCCUCCAUCCCUUAAUUUUGUAAGUUGGCUCUUGAUAUUCACUUUAACCUAUUAUCUCUUGUAUAUUUUUGUUUGAUUUUGGUGAAGGAGAAUGGGGGAGGUCCUUCUGCUCUUUCUGGUACAAAUACAGUGACACUAAGCAUUAACUUAAUAAUCACGUUUAAGACUUGAACACUUGCUACACUUCUGUCAUCUUCUGGGAAAAGUUUAACUGAGUUCCCUUAAUUUUGAUGAUUUAUUAAGACACCUCUCUUCCCCUGAAUGUAGAUUUUAAUAAUUGGAAGUAUUCUGUGAUAGUCUUCUUCUUUUUUUUUUUUUUUGA